AUGGAUCGAAUAUCAUCGAAUAUGAAUCUUCUCUCGAAUCCAAAUCUGCUGAUCAUCAAUCUCAAUCGCGAUCCUUGUACUGGACUCCAAACAAUUACAUUCGAUGAUAUUCCGAAUAUUUCUCCUAUUCAAAAUGCCAUUCCCAGCAGUUAUGCUUGUUUUAAUUGGAUCAAUGGAUGGUAUAUCAAUGCGAACACCAACUCCACUACUAAUACUGGUUAUCAAGCGGUGCUAACUAGUGGUCAAUAUGUGGCACUCAAUCGCAAUGGAACAACAUUAAAGAUCAACUUGAGUAAUAAGUUAUUCGAUAUCAUUUCAUUUUGGGCAGCAUCAGCUUAUACGACAGGUUUACGCAUUAGUAUCCAAGGAUCACGAAAUAAUACGUUGGUCAAUGCAACAUCAAUUACUUUGCAUACAAAUGCUGCUUCUUUAGUUCAGCUGAAUUGGACCAAUAUCGAUAACAUCACUAUCAGCUCGAGUCCAUCCGGUCUUGGCAAUCAAUUUACUAUAGACAAUCUUGUUGUUAUAUUUUCAUGA